AUAUUUUCACUAAUUUAUCUCGAUACCUCUGAAUAUUCGAACACCGUUCUAAUCAAUGAAACGAAAGUAGAACAGCUGUGAUAGAAGUUGGAAGCUGUAUGACACCCUGAAUUGAUAGCAAGAAACAAGGGACGAAACCAUUGUUUUUGAGAGGGAGAUCAUGUCAGAAGAAUUAGUUACUCACAGAGGAGGAUGUCAUUGUGGUGCUAUUAGGUUUGAAGUUCAAGCCCCAAGCAAACUUCAUGUGUAUGAAUGCAAUUGCAGUAUUUGUUUGAAGAAACAAAACAAUCAUUUUAUAGUGCCAGCUUCUAGGUUCAACUUACUACAGGGUGCGGACAAUAUUACAACAUAUACAUUUAACACACAUAAAGCCAAGCAUACGUUUUGUAAAACAUGUGGUGUUCAAUGCUUUUACACUCCAAGAUCAAACCCUGACGGCUUUGGGGUUACUCCACAUAGCCUGGACCCGGGAACAGUUACAUCUAUACAUGUAGAAAGAUUUGACGGACAAAACUGGGAGACUCAUAUUGGUACCACAGAUAUACAUAAACGUUCUCAGGAAUAAAACUUCAACAUCAGAUUCUGUAGUGUAUUCAACUUACAAUUUAAAUUAUAAAUACCUGGCAUAUCGAAAAGAUAAAAGGUAGACAUGAUUGUACCUGACAUGCAUACAGACGGACAAAAAUACUCUGGAUGGCAAUCACUUUAGUGAAGUUUUUAUUCAAACCAGAUUAAGUUCAGGUUGUGGUGAUGAUGUACUGACGAUAUUGAACUCACAGUUUAUAAAAACUUAGUGUACUUCCUGUUAUCACAAGAAAGGUUCUAGUUGAAAUAUGUAGGCUCCCAAGAAAGGUACAGUGAUCGGAACUAACAUGUGCUUGUAAUUGC